CUUCUACGGGUGGUGCUUAAUAGAAGAGGUCAAACUACUAUGUCUUCCCCUCAAAUCCAAGACCAUAAACAAGGCGUCGACACUGCCAGCGAUUCUGAAAAAAUCGCCGUCGACGCCGAGUCGCCUCCGCCCGUUUCCCGUCCAGCCCGGCCGCCCAUCGUCUGGUCGUCCCCAAGCGCUUUCGCCGAGUCUUUCGCCGCACGAUGGAAGAGCAUUUGGACUCGCCAGUUCACCUUUUCACUUUUGGCUGGCCAACUGGUUUCCCUGUGUAUCACCUGUACGAACGUUACAACCACAGAAUUGGUUAAGAGAGGUUGGACUUUGUCAACUACACAGGGUUUCUUUUUGUACUUUUCCCUGUUCGCUGUCUUCACUCCCUAUACCAUCUACCAAUAUGGAUUUAAAGGCUGGGGAAAGAUGGUUCUGCGAGACGGCUGGAAAUACUUUAUCCUAGCUGCCUGUGACGUGGAAGCCAAUUUCCUAGUCAUCAAAGCCUACCAGUACACCGACCUCUUAUCCUGCAUGCUUCUCGACGCCUGGGCAAUCCCCGUCUGCCUGUUCUUUUCCUGGCUGUACAUGCGUGUCAAAUAUCACUGGACUCAAAUCCUCGGUGUGGGCGUCUGUAUUGGAGGCCUCGGCCUGCUCGUCGUCUCAGACGUCGUAACUGACAAAGGAUGGGACCCCAUCGCUCGAGGAAAAGGGGACGCUUUCAUGAUCGCCGGCGCGACUCUCUACGGCUUCACCAAUGCAACCGAAGAAUUCCUCGUCAGAAAGCGUCCCCUCUACGAAGUCGUUGGGCAACUCGGUCUCUACGCUUUCCUCAUCAACGGCGUCCAAUCCAGCGCACUCGAAUGGAAGGGUAUGACCCAAGUACCAUGGAACGGUGGUAUCAUCGGCCUGUUAUUCGCAUUCACAUGCGCAAUGUUCAUCCUCUACAGCGUCGCACCGAUGAUCUAUCGCUACGCUUCGUCCGCCUACUUUAACCUAUCACUCCUCUCUUCGGAUUUCUAUGGGUUGUUGUUCGGUCUCUUUUUGUACAAAUACAGCCCCUACUGGUUGUACUUCAUCUCCUUCAUCGUCAUCAUCGCUGGAUUGAUCACCUACUUCUGGCACUCGACUCCGGAGGAACAGGGCAUCCUCGACCCCCGUCCCCCCGAAUACGUCAAAAGUCGAGCAGAGAGGAAGGCUGGCAUUGGACAAGACGAAGAGAGCGGCAAGGCCGGCGACGUUUCUCAGGCAGCUACAGAGGCGACAAAACAAGAUGGGAAAGAGGAAGGAAAGGACGGCAAAGACUAGUUCCAACUUCCACGUCUCACCGUCCGCUAACACGAGGACGCGGGUCCUCCUUUUCCUGACUCUUCUCUUUUCUUCCCAUCUAAGUGUCUGUUCUUGGUUCUAUUACUUUUAAACGGAAGACUACAUAGUUUUACGAUUUUAACGAUAUUCCGAAUACGAUAACUUCAUCGUUCACGGC